UGUGUAUGGCCCAGGUCUCUACAUAUGGUGAAAGCUACAGUGUCACUUGGUCACAAAAUUAUUCACACCAUUUUAAAGUAUGAGAAGUAUGGUAGUGAAAAAUAUAUGAUUGACACAAUGCUAGUCUUAACACAGACAGUAUCAUCUGUUGAAAAGCAACUAGUCAGGGUAUAUGACUUACAGCCUGUGAUGGAUACAAGAUGUGAUUUUUAUGGUGUUUCACAGGGUGCAGCAAGUUGCACUGUUACAAAUGUAAAAGUUUUGGCAGUGAACAUAAAAGAUUCCUACGUUCCUAUCAUAAACCAUAGGUUUAAAACUAUUUGGAAAUGUUUGUAUAGUAAUAUAAAAAACAUAUAUGUCAGGAUUCAAGGUAAAUACGAUAAAAAUAGUUAUCAAAAGUGUGUAGUUGUUAUAAGUCUAGUCCAAAGACACUUGCAAGAGCUGGGCUGUGAUAUUAGUUUCCCAAAACUUAAGGUAAAGCAAGGUAACAGUUUAAGUAUAAACGGGUUGUAUUACAGUGCUAUUGAAGUAUGGAAAAAUGAUGUAAAUAUCUACAUAGCACAAGGUAUUUGUAAGAAAAAGUUAAGCAGACGUUUGCAUUCUAUGUUAUAUGCAUAUAUAUUUUUGAAGGAUUAUAGUGGCCUAGCAUUAUUUAUUAAAUGGAUGUCUAGUUUAAUCACACACGACAGUGUCCAGAACUACAUUUCUUCUAGUCAUGCUAGUCAUUCAUCGUCAAAGAAAAGUCUUAGAAAUGAAAGGACAUUAUAUUCUGAACCAAGACAGUCUUCUUCACUGGGAGUAGAAAAUGGUGCUGGCACAUCUCAUAAGAAACCAAAGAAUCCUACAAAACCACAAGAAGCCAAGGGUGAAGUGAAAAAUACUCUGUACAAAUCAUAUCGAAAUGUAAUCCAUGCCGUACGAAUGGUGAUUGGCAGCUUUGGGCGAAUCCUAGCAAGGUUAUUUAUGAAGCAAGAUGUUUUUGUCUCUCUCCCACAUAGGCCCCACGACAUUACUCCCCUUUGGUUAAGUGAUGCAAGAGCUGAAGAUUCAGGUAUGGUGCUCUGUAAUGCCAGCUGUCUGAAAGAGGCUAUUCAGGGAAACCAUUGGACACCUGAAAUUGCUGCUCAAGCCUUGUGCUUUUCAGGGAACUGGUAUGACUUGGUAGUUUUUGCUCAAGAAUUGGGUGAUAAGAGGAUUUCUUUAUUCAGCAGUAUUGUUGCUUCCAAGAUUGAAGCAUCAAGAUUUACUUUACCACCCAGCCUUUUUCCAGAGGCAGUAAUCAAAGAACUAAUGAUAGAAUUGUGGUGCACAAGAGAGCUUGAUGCUUCAUUAUUCCAGUGUUAUCAAGACCUAAUGAAAGUGGCAGCAAUGGCACAAAUAGAAAUUUUCCCUGAUAUCCUAGCGACUUGCUUGUUGAAUAUAAGAGAUGUGAUGCAAGAACUACCUUUGAUUGUUCCAGAUGAAAUAUAUUUGCCUGCCCCUCCUGUCUUUUGCCCACAACUCAUACCCAAUGAAAACUUGAAGGAAGGAAAUGGAGAUAAUGGAAAGAAUGAAGUCUUUUCACGGAAAACCUUGGCCAGAUGGGUGCGCCUUUUUGCAGUUGUGAUAAGCUCUUCUGGGAUUGCACAACAUUUAAUCAGUGACUGGUGUAAUCUUUUUAAUUGUGACUCUGACCAGAAGUCAGAUAUUUACUUACAAGAGAUAAGUAAUCUAUCUGACGCACUUAUGGUAAGGAAAGGGUUAGUUCCACAAGGACCAGAGUGGAGCAGUAUAUUUCAGUCAUGGCAAGAGUUAUUAUACCAUCUUUGGUUGUUGCACUGCCGUGAUAAAUUGUCUUUGCAACUUAGAAAAUUUUCUGAAUUCACUCCAUUUCAUUCAAAGAAUAAGAAGAAACUUGGUGUUCUGAAGGAAAUUUUGACAUGGACCCUAGAAAUCAGUAAACAAACUUUCUCAAGUGUUUGGAAAGAAAAAACAAUUAGCGUUGCUCUAACAGCAGCAAGUAACGUUUCUCCAUGUUUAGACACAGUACAGACAUUAAGCAGGAUUCUGCCUGAUCCAGCAAAGUUACCGUCUCUAUUAAAAGACAAGGCCAAAAGACUUUUUGAUGCAUGGAAAAGCACUCCUUUUGAGAGUGAAUUGGAAGCUGAUGGCUAUCCAGAUUUCUUCAGCCUAUAUGAAAAAUUCUGUGCAGAAGAAAAAAAAUUUUUGGCUGAAAAUAUCAGAUGUCAAAAAGUAACUGAUGAUGACUUGAGGGAUGAAGUGUGUUUUGCAGUACCUAAUUUUCAAGAGACAACUAAAGAUAUGAAAAGAGAGUAUCAGAAACUUGUUUUUUUAUUUGCCAGUAUGAAUUUUGCUAAAGAUGCUGAAGCUUUUCCCCAGUAUCAGGUUCAAAUCCCUUCUUUAACUCAGUUUAGCUCUAAAAUAACACAAUUAGAAUUUGAAGGCCUGAGAGUACAAAAACAUUUUUUUAACUUGAUAAAUUGUGUAAAAGAAUCUAGUCCUGUAGGUUCUCUUACAAAGUUUGGAAAUACAAGGUCACUGGAUGAGGUGGAUUGUGCACUUGUAGAAAAGAGAGGCCUUUUUAGGAAUUUGACCUACUCACAUAUUUGGCAAAAUAGUACUAAUACUAAACUUUAUAUUAAUAAGUCAGAAAGUUUGAAUGCUUCAUUAUACAGGAUCUCUGGAAAGGUAUCAAGGCGAACACAAAGCCUUUCUCCCUCAGUCAUAAAAGGUCAUGGACAGCAUGUAUCUAGUUUAAAGAAACCCAAGCCUUCUAAAUCAUCUCGUAAACGAGGCACUCGGCACAGUUCAGAAGAAAGAUUGAGAAAGCAUCAACGAUCCUUGGGAAGGGCAUCAUUAAGGUCUUCAGCACCUAAGCAUAGAAGCAAGAGCCUCCAGGUCAAAAGGGAAGAAAAAAAAAGCAAAAUGCUGGAUUUGAAGAAUAAGUCCUUAACUUCUGAAUCCCAUGGCAACUUAGCUGAUCAUCUGAAGCAGUUACUUUCUUCCAUAAAAAGAUUUAGUAAAAUAAAUGAAGCUUUUGAGGAGGAUAUUAAUUUUAUCUACUGGAUGAUGAGCAGUGAGAGAAUUUUUCUUUGCUCUCCCAUGAGAGGGAACUGUAGGGGUCAGACUGUUGCCAUAAAGAUAAAUUUACAAGUUGAAGAUGUAUUUUAUGGACUUAUGUGGUUUCAUUUCCCAAUAAUUCUGUCAACUAACUUUUUCCAUGAAGGACCCUCUAGCCCUAUGGGUGGUGCAACUGAAGGACAGAUCAUUCCCUUGACUGAUCAGCUUUUGAAGGAGAAAUUUUCCAAGAAAAAGGGGAGAACUUAUAAAAAGUAUGCCAGCAAAAAGAUGAGGCAAGUUAUGUCUUCUACAGUAAAGAAAGAUCAACCAAGCCUUUCUGAAGUGAAUGUACACAGUAGAGACAAGGGUGAGGACAAAAACACUAACGAAGAAGACCAUGCAAAUGUAUGUAGAUCUGAUGAAGUCUCUAACACCUUAAAAGUAAAAGAUGAGGAAUGUCAUCAAGAAUUAAAUGUUGAAAAAACAGAUUGCACUUCAGCUUACACACACAUAAAAGAGAAUGAUGACAAGAUGAGUUCUGAAAUUGACCUUUUUAAUGUUAAAACUGAGAGUAAAAGUUUGUCAGCUGAAGGUGAAGGACAUUCUGAAGAUAUGGGCAUGGGCUCUGAAGGACAUCCCUUUGAUAUAUCUCCUCCAGUCUCAAGUGUGCCACAGAAAGAACUGUUAGUCCCACAUACAGGCUCUGAUAGACAAAUAUUGUUGGAUAGUUCUCAGGUAAUUUUUGAUAAAUUAAAAGACAUGAAAGUACAAUUGACUGUUCCUGAAGAGCUCAGAAACUUAGUCCAAGCUCAGCAGGAUGGAAUUCAGGCAAUGAUCAGUGCUGCUCAUAAAUUUAAGGAAACUUUUGAAAAAAGCCAACAUGUUUUUCAAAGUUGUGAUGCUGGAAAUCAGACUGCUGAUCUUGGAAAGAUUACUUUGAGUGACACAAGAAAUGUAACCAAGGAAAUUAAUUCAGAAUAUAAGAAAGAUGGUAGCAAUAUAGAAGAGAAAACCAAAAAUGAAAUAUAUCAUAAAAAGACAAAAUUAGCAUCAAAAGAAGAACCAGUUAUCGUUUCAAAGGAUAAAAACUCUUGGAAGCCUUUUAAACUGAAACCUGAUGGCCUCCAUGUUAGACCAUCUAAACAAGUUAUUGAAGUUCAUAAAACACUCAAAAGUCAAGAUCAUCAAAACUUUGAAAUGCCCCACCCACUUACACUGAAGAAGAAAACCUUAACUCCUGUAGAAAUUCCAUCUGAAGUGCAAGAACUGAAAUAUUUUGGUGCCACAAAGCUGCUUCACCUUCCUCCAGAGAACAAAAGUGACAGUGAGAAAUUAACUCUUUCUGAUUUGGAUGAUGACGAAGAAUAUGUGUCUGAAUUGCAUGAUCAUAUGGCAGUAGAUGAUACUCUGGAUGACAUUACUUUACCUGACUCUUUGCAUGCAUCUGAUUUAGAAGAGGUGACUGUUGUAGAUUCUGCAAGUCAGCAUACUAUACAUGAAAAAUUAAUGAGGAACAAGGUUAGGAAUACUGAUAGUCAGUCAUAUGUAAAAAGAAAUAAAAGUAAAGCUUUAUCUGUAAAAGAUCAAAGAGUUGCUGAGUUCAGUGGAAUCAGAUCCAAACAUCAUCAGUGGGAUGAACAAUUGCAACUGAAGCCAGUUCCCUUUAAGAUUAAGCCAGCUGUAGAUGGAAUUAAUAAAGCAAGUGGCAUAUUAAGUAAAAACCAAACAGAUACUGGUCAUCUAACAAAAAAGGAAGGUUUUCAGGCUCCUUUAAAGUUGUUAGUUUUACCAAAGCAUGAUGAGAAACCUCGAUGUCAUGAAAGUUUAAAAGAAUACAAACCUCUGACUCUCAAAAAAAUUCCUUUUGGAAUUGUGCCACAGUUUCUGGAGAGUCAAAGAAAAGUAACUUUUCCUACUAGAAAUAUAGAAGAAACCACCAAAGAUACAUUUGUUCCUACCAAUACAGGGAGUGACAUUUUAGCCCUGGGAGAAAAUAAAUUGCGCAAACUGACUUUGCUAAAGUUACCAUCGUCUGCAGCAAAUGGUAAAGGAAAGAACAAAACUGAAACAACAUUCAAGUUCUUACAUCCAGCAGAGGUGUUUUCUUAUUACAGAAGGCAUAUGGAGAAAGGGGAAAUAAGUAAGUUUAGAACCUUAAAAGUUGCAGAAGCCAAUAAUGUACAGUUUAAUUCAAUUCCAACAAAAAGUGCUGAUAAGGAGAAUCAUGUAAAUCUUGGACUCCGUACUGGAGAAUUUCUGCAUGGGGUUAGUCCAUCUGUUGUUGAAAUUCCCUUACCACAAGGAAGACAGUUUGGUUAUGAAAUACCUUCACCAUGCCAAAUGCCCUCUGCUGUUGAGAUUCCUUCAUAUCAAAAGCAUUCUCUUGUGGAAAUGCCUUCCAUCCAAAAAAAGCCCUCUUCUGCUGAUGUCUCUUCACCCCAAAAAAGGACUUCUUUUUCUGAACUGUCUUCAUCACAAAAGCAAGCUGUUUUUGUUGAUGUGCCUUCACCACAAAGAAAGCCUUCUUUUACUGAGGAGUCUUCAUUGCAAAGGUAUUCUGCUGCUGAAAUUCUAUCCUCAUGCCAAGGAACAUCUGCUGUUGAUGUGCAUUCGGAAUUUGAAAUGCCCUUAAUACAUGAAGUACCUUCUGGCACUGAAGUUAAUUCAAAUAAAGAGAGUUUUGGUCCUGAGGUGGCAUCACAUGGAAAGUCCUCUGCAACUGAAAUAUCCUCAUUGCAUGAUAAUAUAUCUAUGAAUGAGCCUGAAGGUGUAUGCAAGGUAAGAGGUGAGAAUGAUUUUCUUGGUAAAAUUCAUGAUUAUGAAAAAAAAUAUGAGGCAGGGAUGUACAAAGAUAUCUUGGAUGACGCUAGAUCCCUUAAUAAACAAAAACAAACCACUCCCCGCUUUCAGUAUGAAGCAACAAAGCAAAUGGCUGAACUCUACAAACUUCAGAGGCAACAUUUUCAAGAAACCAAGGAGAUGCAAACUAUUGAUGGAAGUUCUUCAAGCAAUAACUCUGAAGGUUUGGCUAAUCCAAUAGAUGAAAUUGCAUCAUGUGAAAUUUAUGCUAAAAAUUCUGCUUCAGUUACUGAUUAUGGUAGGGAAAUUCUACCAGGAAAAUUGUGUGAUACACUUGGAGGCACUGAUUUAGUAUAUUCAGAAACAAAAACUGUGAAGGAUUCAUGGACAGAAACAAUCCUUGCAGCAGAAAAGACUGAGGUGCAGACACAGACACAACCUAAAACUGCAGUAGAUGCAUCAGUUACAGCUUGUGUGAGCCCUCCACCUACAAGCUCUUCAGCAGUACCCCAUGCCACAUUUUCAUUUAAUCAUGCUAGUUUAAUUGUGGACCCUUAUUCGCAAGCAUCCUUCCCUGAGAGUGUCAGUGGCAGUGUUGCUCAUGUCGUUGACAUUCCUCAAGAUGUUGUUAAAAAACGAUUGAAAGCUAUUGGUGAUGAUUUGAAUAGAACCAUACCUAGUGCACCCUCUAAUGAUCCCAGUGUUUUUUCAUCUGUUAAUCAGGGUUACGACACUGAAAAUUCAGUUUUGCAGAGUCACUUAAAAGAAAAGCUUUCUGAGAAAAAGGGUACUGAGACUCUACAGGACUUGGUGAUUGAGGGUAAAAAUAGGAGCCUUGGAAGUAAAAGCACAUCAUCAAGUCCUUCAGAAAUUGGGACACCAAAAUCAGUAGAAAUUAGUAAUAAGGAAAGUACAAGCAGUGUUGAACCAUUAAUGGGUGAACACACACCAGGAAGAAGUGAUCAGAUGCCUUUUAACCAGGUUUCUCAGGAAGGAGAUAAAAACACAUGUUGGACUGGAGAUUUUACUAUGGAAAACUUAACACAGGCUUUUAUAAAGGGAAAAUUAACCUUUGAAAGAUUUUGUGAAUUAAGUAAUAAUGCUGUGGAAACUGAUGACUUGUUAGAUAAAGAAAGAGGAGCAAAGGAGGGUGAAUUACAUAUUAAGGAGGUUGAAGAACUAGAAAAGGAAGCUAAAGCAGCAGUCUUGGGACUUCAAGCUUCAAAAAAACUUUUGUCCAGGUUAGAUGUUGUAAUCCAAGAAUCACAGAGAAUGGAGAAAGAAAAAUUUUUAGAAAGAUAUGUUGGGUCAUAUUCUUCAAGAACUGCUGCAUACACAAGAAGUAGGAAACCCAAAGCAUCUGUAAAGCAAGAAUGGCAGAAGGUCCAAUCUGAAUUUCAUAGUACUCAGAAUGCUGACAGUCUUCUGCAGUUUAUUGAAAGUGUCAAGCCAGAGGAUAUAUCUGAUGAAAUGAUUGACAUCAUCAUGCAUUAUACUGAAAUUGCAGAAGGACUUCAUGAGGCUAAAGAUCACUCUGCAGCCAAGGAGAAAGAAUCUAAGAGUGUUCAUACGAAACGGAUUACUAGUCCAAGAAAUCAGGAACUGAGAAGUGACAUUCACUCACCUGGUCAUGGAACCAGCGUAUACUCUCCUGACCUUUUAGGUGAAAAUCCCAGUCUUGUACAGCAGAUGCAAGACCUUCCUUACUCUCCCAAUCUUCAUAUUGAUCUGAGGAGCAUAAGAUCAGAGAGCAGUAGUACUUUUGCAAAUGUGCCAAAUUUCCUCUUUUCUGCACAAAGUAAUUCAUCAUCCAUUAUUGAACAAGAAAAACAAAGAAAGAGGACUGAAAUCAGAAAGUGGAUGAAAGAGAAGAGAAAGGAGAGAAUUAAGAAGUCUUCUGAUUUGCAAGGGAAGAAAUCAGGUUUGCAGCUCUUCGGCCAGAUGGAUUCAAAUUUAGAGCAUUCAGGACCUAAGUGUGGAAUAACUGGAAAACAAAUACGUGACAGCAGUCGUGAAAAGGAAGAGAAAAGACGGCAGCUGCGCCGGAGUCUUGAGACAAAAUUGGAAAAGGACAUGAAUGAACUUCUUGAUGACCUUAGUCAGCAAGCGUCAUCACACAGAGAUCUCCUUCACAGUUCACCUUCAUCCUUGAAGAAAAUACCACAAAAGUUGUCCCCAAAGCCUGUUACCUUUACAUCCAGGGCUCCUAGGAAACAGGUUUACCAUGACAGUUACACAUACAUGGCACCAAAGAGCUUUAAUGAAACAUUUACUGUUUCCCAAGAAAACCUGGCAAGCUUUAAUGAAACUUAUAUUAUUGCCAAAAGGAACCAGCCAAACUUAAAUGAAACCUUUACAAUUGCCAAAAAGAACCAGCCAGCCUUUAAUGAAACCUUCACUAUUGCCAAAAAGAACCAGCCAUCCUUUAAUGAAACUUAUAAAGCUACCACAAAGUAUAUGCCCCAAGGACCUCACUUGGGUAGAGAUAGAUUUACCACUUUGAGAUCGGAAUUCUUAAAACCGGAUGAUCUUGGUUUUGGUACUUUUUCCCAGGGCAAUAAAUCAUCAAAUGGGAAAAGGGAUAGGUUACCUCUCAGUCAGAAGAAUGAGGUUAAAGCAGAAUACAAAAAUAUUGUGGUAGAAUUAAACAAAUUAACCGAGUGCAUUCAGUCAACAGAUGAAACCAGACUUUCAAAGCCUAAAAGGCCUUCUGUACAAAUGCAGUCUGUUACUAGAUUCAAUACACAACCUAAGAAAGAAAGCAUAACAAAGAAGGUGCUAGUACAUCAGAGGGCUUCAAGUGUAAGCUUACCCCUAGAUAGGAUUUCAGAAGUUGAUUCAGACACAUUUUCUUCAUUUUCUGCUGGAGGUGAAGAAAGAUCAGGCAAUGGUUCCAGCUCUGAUAUUUCCUGGAAUGUUCCUCCAGAAGUGAAAAAAGUGCUUUACAAUUAGCAUUUUUCGUUAUCAAAAGAAAAUAUGUGAUAGUGUGUAGGAUUUUUAAUUUUGUGUACCUGAAACCUUUUGAAAAUAAAAAUUAUACAUUUUAA